AUGGAAAAAGAGGCCGAAAAAGAGGAAAAGAAGGAAAUCGAAGAAAUCAACGAAGAAAGCGGCAAAAUCAGCUGUUCAAAAAGAGUCGGAAACGCGAAGCGAAUCGGGAUAUUUUUCCUUCUCAAUGCAGUUUUCGUCGGAAUCGGGACUUUUUCCUUCCACGCUUUGGAAGGCCCAAAUGAAGACAAAAUCUGCGCGGACUCCCGACAAGCGCUGAAGAAUUUCACCGACUCGCUGAUCAAAGAGCCGGACGGAACUUACAAAGUUACAGACGAGCAGCUUCUCAAUUUGGUCAAAACUGCGGAGAUUUACGCGGAAGAAGGGGUCCCGAUUUCGACCUUGAUCGACCCGGAAAACGAAUGUCCAAAGUUGUGGACUUAUGGCGGCGCUGCUUAUUUUUGCGGGACGAUUGUCACGACUGUUGGUUAUGGAGACACAGCUCCGAAGACAAAUGAAGGAAGACUGCUGUUUUUGUUUUAUGUCAUUCCGGGAAUCGCCAUUUGCGGCGCUCUUCUUGGCGAAAUCGGACUUUUGAUGGCGAAUGUUUCCUACAGAACUCGAAAGCGGCUGAAAAACGUCCCGACCGCUCUGUUUUGGACGCUGAACAGUUUGUUUGGAAUUGGAUUUUUGAUUUUUCUCCCUUCGCUGAUAAUUUUCCUCAGCGUUGAAGAGUGGACGUAUUUUGAGUCGCUGUAUUUUAUGAUGGUGACUUUCACGACAGUUGGUUUUGGAGACUUGACCAUAACAGCUUAUGAUUGGAAAUAUGCGAUCAUGUUUUUCAGCUAUCUUGGACUCUCUUGGAUCGGUUACAUUAUUGGGACCAUCACUGACAGCGUCAGAAAUCGACUAGCAGCGGACAAAAACGAAGAAAAAGACGAAGACGAAGAGAUUUUCUCUGAAUUUUGA